AUGGGGGUGGGCGCAGCGCCCGGGACCCGCCAGGAAUCUGAGUGCAGGUCGACCCUGGGGUUGGAACGCCUGAGGCCGGUGGGUCCUGCCGCCCACGAGUCCCCGGAGGUGCUGCCGGAAGCGAGCUGCGGCGCUGUCUGUGUUUGUAGGUACCUGAAGGAGUUCAGGACGGAGCAGUGCCCCCUGUUUUCACAGCACAAGUGCGCGCAGCACCGGCCGUUCACCUGCUUCCACUGGCACUUCCUCAACCAGCGGCGCCGCAGGCCCCUCCGCAGGCGCGACGGCACCUUCAACUACAGCCCCGACGUGUACUGCUCCAAGUACAACGAAGCCACCGGCGUGUGCCCCGACGGCGACGAGUGUCCCUACCUGCACCGGACAACAGGGGACACGGAACGCAAAUACCACCUGCGUUACUACAAGACGGGAACCUGCAUCCACGAGACGGACGCGCGUGGCCACUGUGUGAAGAACGGGCUGCACUGUGCCUUCGCGCACGGCCCCCUGGACCUGCGGCCGCCCGUGUGUGACGUCAGGGAGCUGCAGGCUCAGGAAGCCUUGCAGAACGGCCAGCUGGGCGGCGGGGAAGGGGUCCCGGAUCUGCAGCCUGGGGUCUUGGCCAGCCAGGCCAUGAUUGAGAAGAUCCUGAGCGAGGACCCCCGGUGGCAAGACGCCAACUUCGUGCUGGGUAGCUACAAGACAGAGCAGUGCCCGAAGCCACCGCGCCUGUGUCGCCAGGGCUACGCGUGCCCGCACUACCACAACAGCCGGGACAGGCGGCGCAACCCCCGGCGGUUCCAGUACAGGUCCACGCCCUGCCCCAGCGUGAAGCACGGGGAUGAGUGGGGGGAGCCCGCACGCUGCGACGGCGGUGACGGCUGCCAGUAUUGCCACUCCCGCACAGAGCAGCAGUUCCAUCCCGAGAUCUACAAAUCUACGAAAUGCAAUGACAUGCGCCAAACCGGGUACUGCCCUCGCGGCCCCUUCUGCGCCUUUGCACACAUUGAGAAGAGCCUGGGGAUGGUGAAUGACUGGGGCUGCCGCGACCUCCAUCUCACGAGUCCUGCCUCCACGGGCAGCGGCCAGCCGGGAAACGCCAAGCGGAGAGACUCGCCGGCCGAGGGCGGCCCGAAGGGCAGUGAGCAGGACAGCAAGCAGAACCACCUGGCCGUGUUUGCAGCCGUCCACCCACCAGCCCCCAGCGUGAGCUCCAGCGUGGCGUCCAGCCUGGCGUCCAGCGCCGGCUCCGGCAGCUCCUCCCCCACUGCGCUGCCCGCGCCCCCCACCCGCGUCCUCCCGCUCAGCCCCGCUGGCGGCACCGUGGAGGCCGUCCUCGGUUCCGCGUUAGACCCACAUCUUAGCAAUGUGAAUAUUGCUUCCCUAGAGAAGGAUCUGGAAGAGCAAGACGGCCACGACCUGGGACCAGCAGGUCCCAGGUCGCUGGCCGGCUCUGCGCCUGUUACCAUACCCGGCUCCCUGCCCCGAGCACCAUCGCUGCACUCGCCGUCCUCCGCGUCCACCUCGCCACUCAGUUCGCUGUCCCAGCCCCUGCCGGGGCCGGUGGGUUCCUCGGCCAUGACGCCUCCCCAGCAGCCGCCACCCCUGCGUUCAGAGCCGGGUGCACUGGGCUCUUCAGCCUCAUCCUUCAGCUCCUUAGGUGAGUGCCGGCUCCCUCCACGCAAGUGUUCCCAUGAAGCCUCCGUGAGGUGGGAGGGGCUGAGAUGGGCUCUGGCUGCCUCCUGCACGGGCCCUGGGUUUCAGGUCUGCGAUGCCUGGCAGCGAGAGGCACAGGAGGCCAAGGAACGUGCCCGCGUGGCCGACAGUGACCGGCAGCUGGCGCUGCAGAAGAAGGAGGAGGUGGAGGCGCAGGUGAAGCAGCUGCAGGAGGAGCUGGAGGGCCUGGGCGUAGCCUCCACACUGCCGGGGCUGCGGGGCUGCGGGGACAUCGGCACCAUUCCCCUGCCUAAGCUGCACUCGCUGCAGAGUCAGCUGCGCCUGGACCUGGAGGCGGUGGAUGGCGUGAUCUUCCAGCUCCGCGCCAAGCAGUGCGUGGCCUGCCGGGAGCGGGCCCAUGGUGCCGUCCUGCGGCCCUGCCAGCACCGCGUCCUCUGUGAGCCGUGUGCGGCCGCCGCACCCGAGUGCCCCUACUGCAAGGGCCAGCCCCUGCGGUGGUGACCUCAGCGGGGACAGCCACCUCCUGCUGGGCACCCUGGCUCCAGUGCUCAUAACCACAGACACAUCGUCACUCACCUCUGGUGCCACCGAUGUGAGGACCGAGGCUGGGAGCCCCGCCCGCGCUCAGCCGUUAUCAUGAGGCUGGGAGCCCCCGCCUGGGCUCGGCCGGACAGCUUUCCUGUCACACGUUGUCACCUAUCUAGUCCUACCAACGGUUUCAAGGUAUUUUCCUCAAAAACCUUAAAGGCAAACCCACAGAACCCGCCUGCCUGUCCUCGAGGGGCCUGGUGCCUCAGGGGUCCGCGUGGCGCUGUGAUCACAGCAGUUUGUGGUCCUGACACUCCUGUGACUGGACCACUGGGAGCUGGGGUCUUUCAAAGCACUUUGUAAACCGAGGAAUUUAGAGGUUAUAAAUUGCUCUAAGCUGCUUUCUAUGUUGUUUUUUAAAUAUGCGAUAAUAUGAAGCUUUAUAUGUGUACUGUGAACUUAAAUAUUUCAUAUCAGUUUAUUGUCAAUUCAUAGUAUGCUGAAUAUAUUAGAUUUCAUAUUCUGAAACUAGUACUUAUGAAAUGAGCGUUUAUCUAGUAGUAAGACCUAGGAUUUUUACAUUUUCCCAUUAAGUGCAUAGUAUUUAUAAGCAGAGUGAUUAUGGAUUUAGAUGUUUUAACUUGAUGGAAGGAGCUCGUUUUCCCGAGCCUGUGUGCGCACAAGGCACUAGGGUUGAUAUUCCAGCCUCGUGACGUGGGAGCAGGAGAGCUCCGCCCUGCAUUUCUCUGAUCCGUGGCCACUUUUCCUAUGCGCCUGUGCCUUGCUAAACAAGUGAAGGAACAUCAUUGGUUUUGUUUUCUCCCUUGAACCUCUGAAAGACAGUUUGGUACUAACGAAAAAUGCAGCAGAAGGGAUCAGACAUCAGAGGUUUUAGAAUUACUUUUUUAAGCAGCUGUCUUCUGGUCGGGCACGGUGGCUCACGCCUGUGAUCCCAGCACUUCGGGAGGCUGAGGCGGGUGGAUCACCUAAGGUCAGGAGUUUGAGACCAUCCUGGCUAACAUGGUGAAACCCCGUCUCUACUAAAAAUACAAAAAUUAGCCGGGCGUGGUGGCGGCGCCUGUAGUCCCAGCUACUCGGGGGGCUGAGGUAGGAGAAUCGCUUGAACCCGGGAGGCAGAGGUUGCAGUGAGCCGAGAUCAUGCCACUGCACUCCAGCCUGGGUGACAGAGUGAGACUCCGGCUCAAAAAAAAAAAAAAAGCUGUCUUCUGAUUACUUAGAUCUGUCCUAGGCAAUGGUGCUUUGUAGCUCCUUGGAGACAUCGCUGGGCGUCCUGGUGGGGGUCAGGCAGUGAACUAGGAGAGUGGCUGGCUCCCCAGCCCGUGGCCACCCCUGUCCUGCUUGUGUGGGAGACGCUCGAGCCGUGGUGUGCGCCAGGGUGCCGGGUGUAUGAGAGUCACCUGACCUGUACUGCCAGUUAGUAUCGGAGCUCAUCCAUGUGGCCAGCGAGGUCACACCAGGACUCAGUCACAGCCUCUUAGUGGCCUGGAGCACACGGGGGAAGUGGCCCCCCAAGGUCCCGGCUCUGCUGCGUCCCCUGGCCUGUCUGCCCCGGAGCGACAGAGUGGCUUCCGGCCGCAGCAGAAACGCGACUGAGAACGCGUUCCCGCGAUGACCUGACCCUUCUGCUCAGGGCUGGGACUGUCCCUAGGAGUUGAGGAGCAGGAACAGGCGUCUGUGAUUUACGGCGACCUGGCUCUCUGUGGGCCAUGUGGGUUGUGAGGGCACAAGAGCAGGCAGCAGCAUCGACGUGUUCCUCCCUGCCCGUGGCUUUGCCAAAGACUUUUAAUAGCAUUUUUUAAAAGUGCAAAACGUCUAGGUAAAAAAUUUUUAUCAGUGACCAAAUUAGAAUGUAUUUAAUACAGUAGGAGGUUUAAGAACUUUUUUAACGUAAGACAAACUGAUAGCAACAUUCUAUCAUUUUAAAGGAAGUGGAUCCGUGACAUUCUGCAGCUAGUCCACUACUCCAGGUAACUAUCGACUUGGUUUUAGUGAAUCUAUUUUGUUUUUAAUUAUAGUGAUGAUUUAUUAGCUCAGUAUCUAGAAAUUACGUAUAUUUUGUGCUACUGUCAUCAAUGUGUAAAAUCCUCUGUUUUUAUUAUUUAUGCACUUGGUUCCCAUUUCGGGCCUCUGGUCUUUUCUGGGAUAUGGUGUCUGCCCAGACGUCUCCCGGUUGUCGGGAGCAGCUGAGCGCUAGUCUGCCGGCUGCUCUGCUCUUUCUGGGAACAACGUGGCGGCUGCCCCUCAGGGCAUCUCCAUGGAUCAGCUUCUGGGGUGGUGGAGCUGGGAGCCCCAGGGGUUGGGGGACGGCGGAGACACCUGCUCCCCCAUAUUUGUGCUGGCUCUGAGGACAGGUGAGCAGUGGGAAGACCAAAGAAUGGCUGGCCGUGCUGCCAGGAUUGGAAAUGGAGGCAAGACCCUGGGGCUGCCCGCCCUGGGCCUUCCUCACCCGUCUCGGUGGCC